AUGGCGACGGACCGGGCAGCGCGGGCCUUCAGCAACACGGCCGAGUGGAUCCAUGCGACCAAGGUGCUGGCCACAACGCUGCGCGAGUUCGUGGACCUCCAGACCAAGCACAAGGAAGAGCUGCGCGACUUUUCCGAGCAGGCGACCGCGCAGCUCGAGGCGGCGCAGCCGGCCUCGACGACGUACCAUGGCAGCGGCCUCAUCCUUGCACGCGUCUCAGCGCUCUUUGCCCAGGUCGCCAGCGCGCAGGACGCCAUGUGCAUCAACCUGCCGCUGGACAUUGACGAGCUCGAGCAAGAGCUCCAGCGCCACAUUGAGCGCUUGCAGACGCUGCAGACCGACGCGACCGAGCGCAACCGCAUCUUUGAGGCGACGAAGACGCAGUACCGCGCAUCGCUCGAAUCGUUUGACGUAUCGUUCCAGUCGGCGGCGAAAGCGCUCGAAACCGGCAUGAACAAAGGCGGUAUCGACCCGUACAUCUUCGAGAUCCUCGACUCGGACGACCGCGCCGAGAUCCGCACGGGCAAGGAAACCAAAGUGGUCGAGCACAUCGCGCACCAGAUUCGCGCGUCCAAGGUCGCCAAGGCGACGUGCGCAUCCCAGUACAAGGCUUUUCGCAAGAUUGCAAGCGACUACAUUCGGUCGCUCGAGUCGAUCGAGCUCAACCAGCAGCAACUCGAGCAAGACUGCAGCCAAACCAUUGCAAGCAUUGUCCACAAAUUUAUCGUGUGCUACAUGUCGCUCAUCAAAAACAUGGAGUACGAUACAAGACAACUCAACGAACGCAUCGAGGAAGAGACGCAGCGCACGAUCGAAGACGAGCCGCUCACGCACCUUCUUGCGAAGGAGAUCCACGCCGAGCUCCAAGCCAUGGCACCGCCGAUGCCGGGGCCAUUGGAGCUCGCGUACUUUCUCGAACAGUUUGUUCCGAGUGCACCCGUGCGGCCGCUGCUCGUGCGCCAUCAAGCCGCCCGCCUUAACGUCUUUGCGCCGUCGUCCUAG